AUGAACGAGACUUACUUAGAUGAGGGAUCCGAGUUCCGCUUGGAGAAGCUUAAAAAGCCCGAAAAUGUUGCCGGCAUCAUUUUCGUUAAGUCCUGUGAAUAUGUCGACACAUCACUGCCCUGCGAGAAUAGACUCGACUUCUAUAAAAAAACUAUUGCGCUGCCGUUCCUCUGCUUGGAGCGGAUCAAGAACCCUAUUGUAAUAAAAGACGACAAAGACGACCAGACGAAAACAAUU